GGCUGUCGACAGACGACAACAACAAAACAAAGACGUCAAGCGAGUCGUCUCAGCUGAUGAAGCUGUCUCUCGAGUCACACGUCAAAUAUGAUGUGGAUCAUUUGAGUCUCGUUUUAAUUCAGUCUUCUGUGUAAAUCCCGCGAGACGAACCGCGGGUUCCACGGGGACCCUGUGACCGGGUUCCACCGGGACCGACCCGGGUUCCACCGGGACCCUGUGACCCGGGUUCCACCGGCCCGACGUCCCGGGUUCCACCGGGACCGACCCGGGUUCCACCGGGACCGACCCGGGUUCCACCGGCCCGACGUCCCGGGUUCCACCGGGACCCUGUGACCCGGUUCCACCGGCCUGACGUCCCGGGUCCAUGCGAGGACCAUGUUGAAGAACGUGUUCGGCUCCGGGUUCCUGGUGAGGACCGCGCACGUGGUGCUGACGUGGGUCGUCGCGCUCGUGCUCUUCCUGCACGACACCGAGCUGAGGAAGCAGGAGGAGUCGGGUCAGCUGGUCCAGCCCGUCCUCUUCGUCCUGCUGGUUCUGGUGUCGGUGCUGCUCUACUUCGCCGUCUCUCUGAUGGACCCGGGCUUCAUCCUGUCCGACCGCAGCGACGACCUGCAGUUCACGUUGGGAGUGACCGAGGAGCAGCAGGACAUGAUCCCGCCCACAACCAAGUCCCUGCGCCAGCGCCGCUGUGGCCACUGUCUGCUGCAGCAGCCAAUGAGAUCGAAGCACUGCCAGACGUGUCAGCACUGCGUCCGGCGGUACGACCACCACUGCCCCUGGAUCGAGAACUGCGUCGGCGAGCGGAACCACCGCUGGUUCGUGUUGUACUUGGCCGUCCAGCUGCUGGUGCUGCUGUGGGGGCUGCACAUCGCCUGGACGGGUUUUGGCUACGCGCCCUCCUGGCAGCUGUGGCUGCGCGCCAACGGCGUGCUGCUGACCGUGGCCGUGCUGGUGGCGCUGCUGUCGCUCAUCGUGCUGCUGCUGCUCGGCUCGCACCUCUACCUGGUGUCCCUCAACACCACCACCUGGGAGUUCAUGUCGCGCCACCGCAUCUCCUACCUCAAGCACUGCGGCGCCGACGAGAACCCGUUCGACCGCGGCGCCGCCCACAACAUGUGGGGCUUCUUCUGCGUGUGGGGCUCCGUGGUGUGGGAGCAGGUGUACUUCAGGGCCGGCAGCGACCAGGUGUAGAGACACGGACAAUCUGAAACUAUCCUCGUGUGAAGUUUACCUUCUUAUAUCGGCUCAACUUCCUCCUCUCCGUGGUUCACCUGCCAUGUAGUUGAAUUCCUCAUUAUUCUACAUUCCCAGACUUCCCCUCUUCAUCUCCGUCCUAACGAUUGUUUACAGUCAUUCAAACUUAGCGUUUUCCUAUGAAUUCCACUGUCUGAGGACAGCUACGUGUGAACCUGACGAAUGGACUGUUACUGAAAUCUAAAGUUUACUCCUGACGCGACCUGCACAAGUGACGCUUCGACGGUUCAGAUCGAUGGUUUGUUUCUGUUGGAGAAUCUUUUUAAAUAGUGUCACAUGAUAAUUGGUUUAAUUGUUGAGUCUUAUUUAUUCUGUACAGAGGAUUUACUGUCUUAAAAAUAUCUGUCAGACCAAAGCUGCGUCUCACACUGAGUCCACACGUUUUAGUAAAAAAGAAAAAAAUCAUUGUUGCUAUGGUUACGCCUGGUGGGAGUUUUCCAGCCUCUUGAAUCAGAGACUUGUGGAAACACUGCUGGUCCACGUGUCAGUGUGAAAACUCUGAGUUGUGUUUUAGUUUGUAAACGACGACGCAGACGCCCCACGUUCCCUUCUCUGAUUGGUUCAUCAGUCAUGACUCAACGUCAGGAACAGCUCCACCUCGUCGUCGCUCCGAGAAAAUGAUUCUUUCGGAACUAAAACACUCGUCGUUCAUGGGGAUUUUUUAGUUUUUUAAAACUUAACGUGUCGGUGUGGGCGUGGCCUCAGUCAGAAUCUUUUACUAUUUAUCUAUUUAUUUGAAACUUCAGUUGAUUUGAACUUUUACAGUUUUGAGAAGCUACACUGUGUCGUUCUCAGUAUUUAAUACGACCUGGUUGUUGUACAGGAAUCUUCAGCAUUUCAAGCUAUUUUAUAUUGUACAUAGUUUCUAAACUAUUUUAAACCAGAAAAUGUCUUUAGGGUUAGAUUUAAUGGAGUGAAGAGAAGAUGGAGUUAGUUUCCCUUUUGUGCAAUAGUGACGACGUAAAAGCAAUAAUGUGUCGACAAACUGCAGAUUUCCUCUAAUUAGACUCGUUAGUGAGAUUUCUGGUUUAUAUGAAGUAAUUUAUUUAUUUAUAUGAAUUAAUUAAUGUACCUCUGAAUUAUAUGCAAAUACUGUGUCAUGCAAUGUUGUUUUGUUUUUUUACUGUGAACAUGAAUAAAUCAGUGUUUGAUGACGAGUCUCCUGGUUGACGUCCA